AUGGGUAUCUCAAUCCCAGAUUCAUAUAUUUUGCCAGCCGAUGACAAUAAUCACACACUGAUUAAAAAAUUGACAAAGCUACCAUUAUCUGACUUGAUCUCUUUAUUUUCACGUUGGUUAUUAGAUAAUGAAAAUUUUGAAAGCGAUAAACAAGAAGAAUAUGAUAAAGCACUUUAUGCUAAAAAUCACACACUAAAUGAAGAUUUCGUUUAUUUACAACAAUCCAAAAAAUUAAAUACAAAUCAUAUAAUAUAUAAACUUAUUCAGAAAUAUUUUUCCUUUAAUAUUAAAAUGAAACAUUUGGCCGAGUUAGAUUGCAAAAUAUUAAAAUAUUCCACCAACGAGUCAUUCAAAUGGACGUGUUCCAGAAUAAUCAACACCGUUCUUGAUACUUCCAAUAACGGUAAUAAUCCACUUUUUUAUACCAUUGAUAUUCCUAAAUUUCAACAGUUCCUUAUGAAGGAUUUUGAAAACAUUCAUGCAAUUCAUUUGUAUUCAUGUGAAAAUUUUGAUCCUGAAUUACCCCUUAUUUUAUGUAGGAUUCAAAUAUUUGGCACUCUUUUUGGGCCUAAUACUUCCCAGCCCGUAAUAUCUUCCUCCAAAUUGCCAUAUUACAUAGCAUUUAGAAAGUAUCAGACAUUACACAUAUUUUCUACCACAAUAAACAAGGAUGAUGUAUUUUCAAAAUUAAUAUUAAAAAGCUUAUGUAAAUCGAUAAGUUCUGAUAAUUAUGGUUGCAAUUAUAUCUAUUUAAAGAAUUACUUAGAUAUAGAACCUACUUUUAAUUUAAAGAACUUGUAUAAAUAUUUUUGUACACCUUUGCAAAAUAUUAAUGGUCCGUGGCUACCUUAUCUUGAACAAAAAGUUGACCCGCUCCUAAAUUCUACUGGUGAUAUAUCUCCAUUUUACAUCAAAAAUAAGAAAAAUAUUGACAGUCAUAAUGAUUCUAAACAAACCAAGACAAUCUAUAAAUUCAAAGGAAUUUUACCUAACAAUGUUAGUAAUGAUUAUUUAAACCCAGAACAUAUAAAUUAUAACAGUGUUGUUCCAGUAACUAAUGUAGAGUAUUACACAAAGCACAUCUUAAGUGAUACGUCAACACCAGUUAAUAUCAAUAUUAGUUUAAAGGGAAAGGAUGUUUUUGCUGGUUUACACAAACUUUGUGAUGAUGGAUUUAUAGAUGUAGAGAGAAUACCUAAUUGGUUAUGCGGUCAAAACAGUUUAUCAUCUGGUUAUAUAGAUGAAAAUAAUAAUUUUAAAAAAUUGAAAAAAUCAGGUAGACUCAUCUGA